AGGGCACUUCCAGACGCACUGCAGAGGUGUGAGGAGGUUAUGUCCAAAAUGUUAAAUUCCAACAUUUUGUGAGGUUACCGGUGCAGCUGGGCUUAUGUCUAAACAUUGCAAGGUUUCAAAAAUCACGAGAUUGUACUGCCACUGACAGCGGUGUUUGCUUUGUCGUUUCAAAAAGUAGCUUGAUGAGUGUCCAAAGUAACAUUGGAAGUUUGGAGGGGACGCCAUCUUGGUCCUAGCUCUCCACGUCCCCGACAACACAGGGGUUGCUUUCUCAGCAACAUAUCACGGCAGUGGUGAAGGCCAAGGCAGGCACCAUGGAGGAGCUGCACAGCCUGGACCCCCGGAGACAAGAGCUGCUGGAGGCUCGAUUCAUGGGCGGUGUCAGUGGCAGCACCGGGGGCAGCACUGGCAGCACCAGCGGGGGAACCAAAGCCCUGACAAACAAUGAAUGUUCAAAUCAAAGUUUUGGAAGCCUGGGGUCCUCCAGUGACAAGGAGUCAGAGAGCUCAGACGUGAAAAGGGGGAGCUCUCCUGCAUACUCGACUCCUGAAAAGAAACACUCUGAAUCUUCCAGAGGAAGAAAGAGGAAACCUGACACCCAGUCGGAGAACAGCCAAGGGAAGUCUAUUGUGCGAGGACCCAAAAUUAGUGAUUAUUUUGAUUUCCAUGGAGGGAACGGGUCCAGUCCUGUGACAGGUCUCCCCUCUGUGAUCCGCUCACCUCAGAACUCACAUUCCCACUCUGUGCAGUGUUCCAGUAUUAGGCAAAACAGCUCAUCGCCUACGAGUCAGUCUUUUGGGGAACACGUGAUGCAUCCAAAGCAGUUAGCAAUCAAAUGUGUGCAGACUGAGCUGACCGGGCUCAAGUUGGCUGCUCUGGAGAUGAACAAGAACCUGGACCUUGAGAAAAAAGAAGGCAGAAUUGAUGAUUUGCUUAGAGCGAACUGCGAUCUCAGGAGACAGAUAGACGAACAACAGAAAUUACUUGAAAAGUACAAAGAACGCUUAAAUAAAUGCAUCACCAUGAGCAAGAAGUUGCUCAUUGAAAAGAGCACCCAGGAGAAGCAGGCAUGCCGGGAAAAGAGUAUGCAGGACAGACUACGGUUAGGCCAUUUUACCACUGUGCGACAUGGAGCCUCUUUCACAGAGCAGUGGACCGAUGGCUUUGCCUUCCAAAACCUAGUCAAACAGCAAGAGUGGAUAAACCAACAGAGGGAGGAUAUCGAGAAGCAGCGAAAACUCCUAGCCAAAAGGAAACCCCCAUCGUCCAGCAACUCCCAAGCACCAACCACAAACUCUGAGCCAAAGCAACGCAAAACCAAGGCAGUGAAUGGAGCGGAGAAUGAUCCAUUUCUGAAGCCCAGCCUACCUCAGCUGUUGACUCUAGCUGAGUAUCACGAGCAGGAAGAGAUCUACAAACUACGACUCGGGCAUCUCAAAAAGGAAGAAGCAGAAAUCCAGGUGGAGCUGGAGCGUCUGGAGAGAGUGCGGAACCUUCACAUUCGGGAACUUAAGAGAAUAAAUAACGAGGACAGUUCACAAUUCAAAGACCAUCCGACUUUGAACGAGAGAUAUCUACUGUUACAUCUUCUGGGAAGAGGAGGCUUUAGUGAAGUUUACAAGGCGUUUGACUUGAUUGAGCAACGCUAUGCUGCUGUGAAAAUUCAUCAGCUCAACAAGAACUGGAGAGAGGAGAAAAAGGAGAAUUAUCACAAACAUGCCUGUCGGGAGUACAGAAUACACAAGCAGCUGGACCACCCCAGAAUCGUCAAGCUGUAUGACUACUUCUCACUGGACACAGACACGUUUUGCACAGUUUUGGAAUACUGUGAAGGCAAUGACCUGGACUUCUACUUGAAGCAGCACAAGCUGAUGUCGGAGAAGGAGGCCCGCUCCAUCGUCAUGCAGAUUGUGAAUGCGCUCCGAUACCUGAACGAAAUCAAGCCCCCCAUCAUCCACUAUGACCUCAAGCCGGGUGAACGAACGCUCGCACACACCGGAAUGAUAUCCCAUACUGGGAGGGCUCCAAUUAUUUCUGAUGCAAUGUACUCAUUUGUUCUGUUCCAAUUUCAAGGUAACAUCCUGCUUGUUGAUGGCACAGCGUGUGGGGAAAUCAAAAUCACAGACUUCGGUUUGUCCAAAAUCAUGGACGAUGACAGCUACGGUGCAGAUGGCAUGGACCUGACAUCACAAGGAGCAGGGACCUACUGGUACUUGCCUCCGGAGUGUUUUGUUGUUGGCAAAGAACCUCCAAAGAUUUCCAACAAGGUGGACGUGUGGUCUGUGGGUGUCAUCUUUUUCCAGUGUUUGUAUGGAAGAAAACCGUUCGGCCACAAUCAGUCUCAGCAGGAUAUCCUGCAGGAGAACACAAUACUUAAUGCAACCGAAGUUCAGUUUCCUGUCAAGCCUGUUGCCAGUAAUGAAGCAAAGGCCUUUAUAAGGCGCUGCCUGGCAUAUAGGAAGGAGGACCGGUUUGAUGUUCACCAGCUGGGAAGGGAUUCCUACCUGCUUCCUCACAUGAGGAGGUCCAACUCUUCAGGGAACCUGCAGAUGGGUGCCGGUGGCUCAGGCCCUGCCGCCUCCAGCAUCAUUUCAUACUGAGGGCUGGUCCUGGACUGACUGAAUUACUGCAUGGCUGCCCCACGCCUGCAGAUCCCCCACAGGACCGUGCGUGGGGGAGAGGAGCUACAUGCCAACUAGCGGUGUAUGGAAGGACAACAGAGGGUCCGGUCCGUUGGCCAUAGACACUGCAGACUGAAUGGUGUGGAGUUUGGCCUUCACCUGGACUGUGCUGAGUUUCAAAUGGGUGUUUUCUAAAGAAAGGAUGUUUAAAGAACAUAAGUGAAUGACCUUGUAAAGGUUGAAUAGAGCACUGCUACAAAGUACCUUGAAGAAAUGUGACUGGACACUUGAGUUUGUUUUGCUGGUGGAAGCCUUAUAGGGCCUUAGGGAUAACUGGCAGCCGACCGUUUUAGAAUCGUUAACAUCCUCUUGCAAGGGUGCAAAUGCUUUAGCUGCGAAGAGUUUCCUUUUUCACCAUCAAUUUGGCUGUUUGUUUUUUGUUUUCAGCGAAAGUGUUAGGUUUUAAUUUGAGUUGUACAAUUAGCUAUGAGAAUGUAAUUUUAGCAUACAAGUGGCAUUAUGUCAUUUAGGCCCAGGCAGCAUACUAAUGUUGAAUGCACAAAAUAACCAAAUGGCAAUGUACAGAAUAAUAUGCAGGAUGAUUUUAAAUAAUUCCUUCAAGAGUAAAUGUAUAUUUGCUGUACAGAAGGUUUUGAAUUGCAGCUGUACCAUGGUUUAACAAUUUCCCUUGUACAUUUAUGUCCUGGAGUCUUCAUUUUGCUGCUUUUUGAUGUUACUUUUUAAAGGGCUGUAUGAUCCACUUUGGGUACAAUUGUACAGUUCUAUAAAAAGAAUAAAUGACUAUGAUAAUAAAUACCAGGAAAUCACA